AUGCCUAAUAGCUGCGCUUACCUGCAGUUCAUAGACGAUCUGAGAGAAAACGAAACCUUAUGUAACGCAACUGUCGUCUCGAAGGACGGGACCCCUUUCAGGGUCCACUCGGCCGUCCUUAUGGCCUGCAGCGAAUUCUUCAAGGCCGCAUUCGAGUUCGGUCCUCGCGAGGGCACCAAAGGCGUGGAAAAAUCGGUCGUCCGACUGCCCACCAUCAGUUCGGACAUCUUGUCCAGCAUCGUCCGCUACGCCUAUUUAAAGGCAAUCACACUCACCUGCGCCAACGUGUGGAAAACUCUUCUGGCCGCCGACUUCCUGCAGGUGGGCCAGCUCAGCCGGAUGUGCUGCGAGUUUAUGAAGGAAAACCUGACCCUCCCAAAAUGCACCAAGAUCAUUGAAAUGACCCAGGGGAGCAUUUACAUGCCAGCGGUGCACGACAUGGCGACGAAAUUUGCGCUGCACAAUUUGUGCAAGCCGAGCUACAAAGUGCGCAACCAGCAGAGGGCGGCCCUCGAGCAACUGAAACCGGAAACGCUGCGUGCCCUGCUGAAGGACAACGUGCUGAACGCGCCUCGCGAGCAGUACGUGUGGGAAACGGUGGUCGAAUGGCUUGAAUCGAGUCCCGAGCAGCGUACGCAGUACUUGGAUCAAGUUCUGGAAUUAAUCAGAAUUGGCCUGAUGCCCAAGAGCUACGUCUCCCACAACGUUCUGGGUCAUCCGGCAGUGCAGAGCAGGCCCGAUUUGGUGCGGCAAGUGCAGGAUUUGGAAUUGGCAGUGGACCAACUGCUUGCGGAGGAAAUCACCGAGGGCACGGAAAUUCUGGUGGCGGUUCAGCCGCGCUUGCCCCACACGGUGGUGCUCUCGGUCGGAGGCUGGGUGAACGGCGCGCCGUCCCUAGAAAUGCAACUCUACGACAUCAACGCCGACGCUUGGAUAGAGGUUGACGUGUUGGAAAGCAGAAACCCGGAAUACACGAUGGCCUACCACGGGCUGGCCAGGCUGGGCGACGACCUGUACGUGAUCGGCGGCACCGAGAGUGGCACUGACACCACUCGCUGCCUCAAACUGAACCUGCAAACCUUUCAGUGGGAGUUGGUCGCGUCACUCACCCAGUCCAGGGAUUUCGUCAGCGUGGUGGCGCUCAACGACCGCAUCUACGCCAUCGGGGGCCGCUCCUAUCCGCAGCACCCGCGCAACUACUCGGGCGAGUUUUACGAUCCGCAGACGAAUGCGUGGCACCCCAUUGCACCCAUGCACCACUGCAGGUCGGACGCAGGGUGCACCGUUUACGCAGGCAAGAUUUACGUGGUGGGUGGAUUCACUGGCGAGACCGUGCUGUCUUCGUCCGAGGUUUACGACCCGCUGCUAAAUACUUGGGAGCUGCUGCCCGAGAUGAUCACGCCUCGCAGCGGCGUGCGCUGCGUCACUCUCCGCAAGCACAUCUACGCAAUUGGCGGCUUUUCCGGCAGCGUCAGACUCGCCAGCAUGGAGAGACUCGACCCCGAACGCCUCAUCUGGAUCCCAAUGGAGCCCAUGCUGACGCCCAGAAGCAAUUUGGGCGCCGCCGUGGUUGGCGACGAGAUUUUGGCCAUCGGAGGAUACAACGGACGCUCCGUGGACAACUCAAAUGAAGUGUACAAUGUUUUUGAGGACAAAUGGUACAGUUUGGCUCCCCUGCCUUCACCUCGCUCAGCCCUGAACGUCGUGUCCAUCGAGGACUCUUUCGAAAUGGCGCUGCGUCUCAUGGGGCCCAAUCGCGACCUGCCUAAGUUGAUCUGCCGCGAUCGAGAUGCCCACAGACCCGAAUACGGCUCUCGACUGGCCCCGCACGCAGAACUACCAGCAGGACAGCCGCCGUCCUACUCCGAACUGUCGGACGAGUUGGACUCGGAUUGGCAGGAAGUGGCGGACCCUUUCGGCCUGGCCUUGAUUUUGCCGGCGGAUGACGAAGGAGGCGUUUGGGGUCCAUUGCGCUUUUUCGUGGACCAAGUCCAGGACGUGGAAAUGAUGGACAUAGACGGUGAGGACCAAGAGUGGGAGGAUGGGGCGGACGACGGAGAAGACGAGUUCGAAGACGACGACGAUGAAGACCAGGGUGACGAUUUUUAGAUUCGUUUUGCAAAAGUUGAAAUAAAACUUUUGGCCAAGAAGAUUGAAUAUAAUGCUUUUUAUGGUGCCCAAAUAUUAACAGGCGAGUUGGA